CGCGUUCACACCAGUUCUGGUUGCUGCACGCACGUCGCCCCGAGUGUUCCGAGCCGCCGUAGAGACGCUCUCUGCCUUCACUUCUCAGGAUGUUGUCUUCUCUUUCGACUGUGCUGGCUACAGCAUGCUUGAUCGUGCAAACUCUGGCGUCUCCAGCCUCUGGAAAAGCAUUGUCGCGGAGGCAAGACAACGGCACGCCAGCUGCCCCUAUCCCACCUCUCCAAGAUCCUUGGUAUUCUGCCCCUGACGGCUUCGAGUCUGCGAAACCAGGGGACGUUUUGCGAAUCCGUGAGGCACCCGGAAAUCUCACAUCACUGACCAGCAACUGUUCCUCUGCCUACAACAUUCUCUACCGGACUACGAACAGCCAAUACAAACCUGACUGGGCGGUCACUACCGUCUUCGUCCCAGUCUCCGCAUCUCCUGCUCUUCUCUCAUACCAGGUUCCAUACGACUCGGCAUGGCUGGACGCAAGUCCCAGCUACGCUUUCUACUCCAGCGACGGAGCCAGAUAUCUCCCUGAUAUCAGCACAGGGCUGUCAUCCGGCUGGUUUGUAAAUGUUCCGGACUAUGAGGGGCCACUUGCCAGCUUUACAGCGGGGGUCAUGUCUGGACAUGCUACCAUCGAUUCAAUUCGUGCUGCUUUCAAUGCAAACGAAACGCUGGGGCUGGACCCGGAUGCUCGAUAUGCAAUGUGGGGAUAUUCUGGUGGUGCUCUGGCGAGUGAGUGGGCGGCUGAACUGCAAGUUCAGUAUGCUCCAGAGAUGAACUUCGGCGGUGCUGCGAUUGGAGGUUUGACGCCUAAUGUAACGAGCGUUCUAUAUUCUAUCAACACGAAGUUAGCGGCUGGACUUGCUCCGUCGUCGAUAUUGGGGUUGUCCAGCCAGUAUCCAGAGGAAAGAGCGUACCUACUAUCGAGGCUGAAGACCGAAGGCCCCUUUAACGCAACAGGAUUCCUGGCCGCGCUCAAUUACACUGUAGUUCAGGCAGCUAGAGCAUAUGCUUUUCAAGAUAUGGGUGAAUAUUUCGUUGGUGGCAUCACUGACAUCACAACGGAUUUGGUACUCAGGAUCAUCAACCGUGACGGCAUCAUGGGCUAUCACGGUGUGCCUGAAAUGCCCAUUUUCUCUUAUAAAGCCGUCGAAGACGAGAUCAGUGUUGUCCAAGAUACGGACGCAUUGAUGGAAAAGUAUUGCAACAUCGGAGCCAACAUCCUAUACCAGCGAAACACUGUCGGCGAUCACGGUGAUGAGGCUGUGAACGGUCGACCGUCGGCGUUGGCUUGGCUCAGCAGCGUCUUGGGAGGUACAUAUGCCGAAGACUAUUCUGCUUCAGGGUGUACCACUACGACGGUCACCAUAGACCUUACAAACACGACGGCCAGCAAGAGAAGUCUCCAGGAUGAGCCGAUUUGGUUCUGGGUGGAUUGAGCCUCGCCAAAUUGCAAGUUUGGUUUGUACGCA